AUGGCGUCGCCAGCAUCGACUGACGUUCGAGAGGAGCCUUUCCCAGCGCCGUCGAAAUUGGCAAACGGGACAGUCAACGGCACCCCAACCCAGGUCUCCUGCACCAACUUCGCCGACAAGGUCUUGCUCACAAUCUCACAAGAGGGUCGCCUAUCGCAAUGGGUCCAAGUACCGCUCUCUGCACCGUCUCCCGCGCUCGUGGACAUGGCCAUGCCCAGGGCUGAGCUGUCGGCACUCCCCUCCCUCCACCUGACGCCCAAGACCCUCCUCGGUGGCGGAGGACAGGACAGAGAGACUAUGGGCCAGCUGUACGCCGCUCAGAUCGCCAGUCAUCUUGCCCUCAAGAACCCUGAUGACCGGAGGACGCUUGUGGUCGGCCUGGGCAUCACCAAGUUUGACGAGCAAAGCCGCGAAGCCUUUUUUGAUGUUCUUGAGUUGGUCACCCAAGCUUUAUGA